GGCAAAGGGGCCUGGGAGGCUGCAGGCUCUCCGUGAACCAUCCCUCCUCUGGACUUGGGCCAGCUCCACCAGCCCCCUCCCACCGGGAGGCCUCCCUGUCCUCCAGGCGUCCCCUAGCUCGGGAACCAAGCUGCAGAUAAGUCAGAGAGGGGGCAGAGCAGCCUGAGGCACACAUCCUGGGAGAGAAGCAGAGAGCAAUACGCCGCAGGGAGGGCAUCAUGGAGUGGCAUCAGGACAGGUCGAGCACCGAGCUGCGAAAGGAGAAGUCCCGGGAUGCGGCGCGCAGCCGGCGCAGCCAGGAGACCGAGGUGCUGUACCAGCUGGCGCACACGCUGCCCUUCGCGCGCGGUGUCAGCGCGCACCUGGACAAGGCCUCCAUCAUGCGCCUCACCAUCAGCUACCUGCGCAUGCACCGCCUCUGCACGGCAGGGGAAUGGAACCAGGUGGGAACAGGGGGAGAGCCACUGGACGCCUGCUACCUGAAGGCCCUCGAGGGCUUCGUCAUGGUGCUCACCGCCGAGGGAGACAUGGCUUACCUGUCGGAAAAUGUCAGCAAGCACCUGGGCCUCAGUCAGCUGGAACUCAUCGGACACAAUAUCUUUGAUUUCAUCCAUCCCUGCGAUCAAGAAGAACUCCAGGAUGCACUGACACCUAGGCCAAGCCUGUCCAAGAAGAAGCUGGAGGCCCCAACAGAACGCCACUUUUCCUUGCGCAUGAAGAGCACACUCACCAGCAGGGGGCGAACACUCAACCUCAAAGCUGCCACAUGGAAGGUGCUGCGGUGCUCUGGACAUUUGAGGGCCUAUAAGCCCCCUGCACAGACAUCCCCUGAGGGAAGCCCUUGUCCAGAGCCUCCCCUACAAUGUCUGGUGCUCAUCUGUGAAGCCAUCCCCCAUCCUGCCAGUCUGGAGCCCCCUCUGGGAAGGGGAGCCUUUCUCAGCCGCCACAGCCUGGACAUGAAGUUCACAUACUGUGAUGAGAGGAUCGCAGAGGUUGCUGGCUACAGCCCUGAUGACCUGAUUGGCUGUUCCGCCUAUGAGUACAUCCACGUGCUGGACUCGGAUGCAGUCAGCAGGAGUAUCCACACUUUAUUGAGCAAGGGCCAGGCAGUAACCGGGCAGUAUCGCUUCCUGGCCCGGACCGGAGGCUACCUGUGGACCCAGACCCAGGCCACAGUGGUAUCAGGAGGCCGGGGCCCGCAUUCAGAGAGUAUCAUCUGUGUCCACUUCCUGAUCAGCCGGGUAGAAGAGACUGGAGUGGUGCUGUCCCUGGAACAAACAGAGCGACAUUCUCGCAGACCCCCUCCACGGGGCACCUCCUGGCAGAAGGAUUCCCCUGGUAGCAGUCUCGACCCUCCUGGUUCCCGGAUCUUGGCUUUCCUGCACCCGCCAGCCCUGAAUGAGGCUACCCUGGCUGCUGACCCUCGCCGUUUCUGUAGCCCAGAUCUGCGCCACCUCAUGGCACCCAUCCUGGAUGGGCCUCCAGUAGCUGCCACCCCCAGCACCCCACAGGCUGCACGGCGACCCCAAAGUCCUCUUCCGGCUGAUCUCCCAGAUCAGUUGCUGGUAGGCAUGGAGAAUGCACACAGGCUCUCCAGUGCCCGGAAAAACCGCAAGGCUGUGGAAACCGAUCUAGAUACACCCCAGGAGGCUGAUACUCUGGACUUAGAGAUGCUAGCUCCCUACAUCUCCAUGGACGAUGACUUCCAGCUCAACUCCAGUGAGCAGCUGCCUAGGGCCUACCGCCACAGACUUCCAGGGACAGCCCGCCGACCCCGUGCUCGGAGCUUCCACGGCCUGUCACCCCCAAGCCCUGAACCCUCCUUACUGCCCCGCUGGGGGAGUGACCCCCGACUGAGCUCCUCCAGCCCUUCCAGGGGGAAGCCCUCCACAACCUCCUCCAUGUCUGGAACUCGGAAGAGGGCCCUGGCCCAGAGCUCAAAGGAAAAGGGGGUUGAGCUUCUGGGAUUGAAACCCCCCAAACGGUCGCCCAGCCUAGAACCAGAAAACUUUCUGCUGCCUCCCCUCAGCCUGAGUUUCCUUCUGCAAGGACGACAACUCCCAGGAAGCCAGCAGGAUUCCAGAACUUCCCUCCUGAAUGUACAUGAGCACUUGGGCCUGGCUCCUUCAUUGCUCUCUCUCUACCAGGAUGAGGACACUGCUCAACCCAGGAACCACUUCCCACCAGCAGCAGGCUUGGCCCAGGCCCGCUGAGUCAGCCUUGCUUCCAACUCCUUCUUCUACCCCAGAAAGGACUGAGCCACACUCCACACCAGCAGCCCAUAUACAGGACGGGGCCUCUCUUUUCCGAGUGUCCCCGGCCAGCCUCGGUCCUACCUCAGCCCCCACCCCUCUGCCUUCAGGGGCUAUUUGGGGUGUUCUCAGCUCAGUGACCUCUGGGAGGGGGUCUCUGACCCCUUCCUCUGCCUCUCAGGUCCUCCUUUGGGGUUCUUAUACUUAGUUACCUCACUAUCCCUUUCUCUGACUCUCUUGUCUUUAUUUGGGAGAAUUAAGGGGUUCGGAUGGUUUGGGGAUCAGGGAUCUGUGUCUCUUAUCCUGGCCCUACAGAGGUGGGACAACCAUAAUCAUGUUUCUGUCCCUCUUUUGUUAUUAUUUUAAUUUUCGUCCUUUUCAUGAUGCCGUGUUUAAUUACUCUGCAUUACACAGGGUCCCAGGAAUGUGGAACUCUGGUCUUCCCACUCCUCAGUGUCAAAGAUGGGGAGGCUAUGGGUGAGACCUCCCUUCUAGUGACCUGUGGCUGCCACCCAGCUCUGCCUGCCCCUUCCUCUCCUGACUUCCCAUCAGCCUGACCUUGCCUGGACAGUGACUUCACUUGUGGUCUAUUUUAGGGAUAGUCUGCCACGUCUUCCACUUUGAGACUUGUAACUUCUGACCCUCCCUGGUUCUAGACUACACCACCUCCUAUCAUCCUUGGUUCAAGACAGCAAGACCUAGGGCCAUCCUCAGAUCUAGACCAUACAGGCUCUGGCCUUUGUUGGUUCUAAAUUAUAGGACUGGCCUUCCCUGGUGCUAGAGGCCUAUGGCCUCCCUGGUUGUAGACUUUCCACUUCCUGGUUCUAAAGUGUGCAACCCAUGGCCUUCCCUGGUUAUAGACUGCACAGCUGCUGAUAUUUCCUGGUUCUAGACUAUUCCAUUGGUGGUCUCCCCCUGCUUCAGGACUGUACAAACUCUGCCUCUCCCAGGUUCUGAGUUUAUGACCUCUGGCCUCCCCUGGUUCUAAACUGUGUUACUCCCACCUCUUUGGUUCUAAUCUUUUGUUUGGUGAGAUUCUGUGGUUCUAGACUGUACCACCUAUGGCACCUCUGAGGUUCUAGACUGUUGCCUCUGACCUUCUUUGACUCUAAACUGUAGGACCACUGGAAUUCCCUGAGUCUAGACAGUGCUACCACUGAUGUCCCCCUAGAUCCAGACUGUCCUGCCUCCAACACAGUCUGCCUCAAACCCCUCAAAUUCCAAAUCUCAUAGUCUUUAGCUCUUUCUUGUUCUGGAUCCCACAAUCUUCAAUUCUGCCCAUUUUCAAAUCAUGAAGUCUUAGAAAAUGGGGUUUGAACUGUAGUUUCCUCUGGUUCUAGAUCUCUUCCCAGUAUUCCCUCUGGGUCUCAAGCUCACACCCUCUACCUCUCUG